AUGCCGUACGAUGAACGAGGUCUUCGCGAAAUGCAAUUUCACAUGCCCAUCCGAGCCUCAACAUACCUGAACCUCGAGUCUUUCGCUAACAAUACGACACAAAAAUCGUCGCCCCAGAAGUUCAGCUUACCCUGCCGGCUCACGUGCCAUGAGCGCAUGCGCGGCCAGAUCACGACUGGAAGUGAGGCCCGACACUUCGCUCCCUUGAGGCCUGUGGCCUGUGGAAAAUGCGACUCCAACUUGGAUGCAUUUCCGCCUUCGCUUCUACGACGAGUUCGUAAUCGAUCGAACGGACAUAGCCCAGGCCCGAAGCAAAAGCAAGAUCGCUCGCUCCAGCCAGCUGAAACCGUGCGUCCAAUUCGAUUUGGAAUGCUUCACAAUCAAUUUGGUACCUGUCGAGAACGCGACCUGCGGACGGCAGUCCUGAUGAUACACGCGCAUGGUAGCGAAAUCAUUGCAUGGCCAUCAGAUUGUAACCUCGCCAGGCCGUCAUUGCGAGUUGCUCCUCGGAAGUGUGCUGAGAACAUGGAAGCUCGCGAUGUGUUGUGA